AUGGCGGUAAAUCGCAUUAAGGGCGCCUUUGCCGUGCCUCGUAAGGGUGAGACCUUUGAACUGCGCGAAGGUCUGGUCUCGCGGUAUGCAUGGGAGCGCAAGGAGUCGAUUCAGAAGACCAUCAUGGCCAUGACCCUGGGCAAAGAUGUGUCGGCUCUGUUCCCUGAUGUGCUCAAGAACAUUGCGACCGGCGAUCUUGAUCAGAAGAAGCUUGUAUACCUCUACCUUAUGAACUACGCCAAGUCGCAUCCCGAUCUCUGCAUUCUCGCCGUCAAUACUUUUGUUCAAGAUUCCGAAGAUCCAAACCCGCUGAUAAGAGCACUUGCGAUUCGAACGAUGGGGUGCAUCAGAGUUGAUAAAAUGGUGGAUUACAUGGAAGAGCCCCUGAGGAAAACGUUGCGAGACGAAUCGCCAUAUGUACGCAAGACGGCCGCCAUUUGCGUCGCUAAACUGUUCGAUCUCAACCCGGCGAUUUGUAUCGAGAACGGCUUUUUGGAGGCUCUUCAGGAGCUGAUUGGUGACCCUAACCCUAUGGUUGUCGCCAACUCAGUGACUGCUCUAUCUGAGAUCAGCGAAACUGCACCCGAAACGAGGGCAUUGAUUGUGACACCUGUUACGUUGAAGAAGUUGCUUAUGGCUCUCAACGAGUGUACCGAAUGGGGACGAGUUACUAUUUUGACAACCCUGGCAAACUACGCUGCAUCGGAUCAGAAGGAAUCGGAGCACAUUUGCGAACGUGUAGCACCUCAAUUCCAGCAUGUCAACCCUAGUGUGGUUCUUGCUGCCGUUAAGGUUGUUUUCAUUCACAUGAAGGCUCUCAACCCCGACUCGGUGAGGUCAUACCUCAAGAAGAUGGCACCUCCUCUUGUUACUUUGGUUGCUUCGCAACCCGAGGUUCAAUAUGUUGCUCUUCGAAACAUCGAUCUCCUGCUCCAAGCCAAGCCCGACAUUCUGAGCAAGGAGAUGCGUGUCUUCUUCUGCAAAUACACUGAUCCUCCAUAUGUGAAGCUGGAAAAGCUGGAAAUUAUGGUUAGGAUAGCAAAUGAGCACAACUACGAGCAGCUUCUCGCCGAGUUGAAGGAGUAUGCCCUGGAAGUGGACAUGGAUUUCGUUCGAAGAGCUGUCAAGGCUAUUGGUCAAGUGGCCAUCAAGAUCGAAAAUGCCGCUGAGAAGUGCGUUGCGGCUCUUGAGGAUCUCAUUUCUACCAAGGUCAACUACGUUGUCCAGGAAGUAAUUGUGGUCAUCAAGGAUAUUCUCCGAAAAUACCCUGGUUAUGAAGGUGUUAUCCCUACUCUUUGCAAGCACAUCGAUGAGUUGGAUGAGCCCACUGCCCGUGGAUCUCUUAUCUGGAUCACACAAUUGCAAAUAUUGACAGCAGCUGUAAAGCUGUUCUUGAAGAAGCCUGGAAGCAACCAAGGACUUGUUCAAAAGGUCCUUCAGGCGGCUACAGCGGAGAACGAUAACCCCGAUAUCCGCGAUAGGGCAUAUGUGUACUGGCGCUUACUUUCCUCGGAUCCUGAGGUUGCCAAGAAUAUUGUUCUGUCUCAAAAGCCUACUAUCACAACCACGAUGACGAGUCUUCCCCCUGCUCUCUUGGAACAGCUUCUCACCGAACUCUCCACUCUCGCAUCAGUUUACCACAAGCCUCCGGAGUCAUUCGUUGGCAAGGGCCGUUUCGGCGCCGAUGAGAUCCAGCGGGCUGCUAUUCAAGAACAGCGACAGAACGCCGCCGACAACCCUAUCGCAGCUUCGGUUGCCGCAACUUCUUCGAACGGCGGCGGUGCUUCUCAGAACAAUAUUGAGAACUUGCUUGAUAUCGACUUUGAUGGUGCCGUGCCUGCUUCUCAAGAACAGAACAGUGCCUCCGCAACUCCUGACAGAGUGGCCAGCCCAUCUGCUGGAGCACCUUCGGGAGCUAUGGCUGACAUGAUGAGCAUGUUCGAUGCGCCGGCGCAACCUUCAGGCACAGGAGCUCCUGCACCAGCUUCAGGGCCCAGCAGUAACAUGAAUGAUUUGAUGAAUGGGUUCGAGGGCUUAAACUUUGGUGGUUCAUCAGCGAGCGAGCCCCUACCAGCAGCGAUGCAACUGCAGCAGGCCCAAGGAGGCGCUCCUCAGCAGCCCAAGAAGGACAGCGAGGACUUGCUUGGUUUGUUGUAG